AGGAUAUAAUGUAACCGUGCUGGUAAGGGACCCUGCUCGCCUGCCCGCUGAUAAGAAACCCACCCGAACCAUAGUAGGGGAUGUGAUGAAUAAAAGUGACGUCAACAAAGCAGUAGAAGGACAGGAUGCGGUGAUUAUUGUCCUGGGAACAAGAAAUGACCUAGGACCGACCACCAUGAUGUCAGAAGGAACUCGGAAUAUUGUGGAGGCGAUGAAAGAGCAUGGAAUUCGCAAAGUGGUGGGAUGCAUGUCUUCCUUCCUGCUGUGGGAUAUUGCUAAAGUCCCCCCUCGUGUUAUGCAGGUGACAGAGGAUCACAUCCGAAUGCACCAGGUCCUGAAGGACUCCGGACUGGACUAUGUGGCUGUGCUCCCUCCACACAUUGCAGAUAAGCCCCUGACAGGAGAUUACAAAGUGUCAGUGGAACGAGGAGGUAAAGUGAUCUCCACUCAUGACCUCAGCCACUUCUUCCUCCAGUGCCUGAAGACCAAUGAAUAUGAUGGGAAGAGCGUCACACUAUCCCAGGAUUACUAA